CAAACUCUCCUGGAGACGGCGUUCUGCCGCAUAUACCCCCUCUGUCAUCUCUUCUCGGGCACUUCUCUUGUCCUCCGCAGCACUCGUGAAGAUGUCUGAGAUCGACAUGGACGAGUCCGGCGGACAGGCCAACGAGGACGGGACGCUGUCGGUGGAAUGGACACUGGGGGAUGUGCGAAAAGAGGUGGAGCGGCGUAUGUCUCUCGAAGCCGAGACACUCGCCCCCAAGGAAUACAAGAGAGUUGUGAAGGAGGCAAUCAACUCAACUCAGCAAGAGCUGGACCGCGAGAAUGAAGAAGCAGCCGCAAAAUCAAAGCCCGCGAAGAAGGGCAAGACAACCAAAACCACCCAGCCCACUAAAGAGCGCAGCAAACCCGAGGGCACCUCUAGCAGCACGAAGAAGCCUACAGAGAAGCGUCCGCCCACGAAGAGGUCUAGAAAGUCUCAGACACCUAAACGUUCUGCGUCCGUAGUACCGUCUUCGGAUGAUGAGAUGCGUGGAGAGGAAGCUACUACAUCCUCCGCCAAGUCUGCCCCGGAGGCUGCUCCAAAGACGAAGACACAGAAAACUGUGGUGUCGGACGAGGAGUUCGAUGCAGAGAAGUCACUAGAGCCUCCAAAGAAACGUCAGAAGAAUAACACCGAGGCUGAAGACAUCGAGAUGCAAGAUACGGAGGCCGCGUCAAAAGCCAAACCUGAGGCUAGCGCGAGCCCGGGUGUUAGAGACACGAAACACGACAAUGCGCUCAAUUCUGAUCCCGCUGACACUGUGGCAGACAGUGGCUAUAAAUCUACCAAGGAGCCAAAGGCGAGGAAGUCGAAGCAGCCCUCAAAGGAGCUCACGAAAGAUGAAGAGACCAUCAAACGUUUGAAGUCUCUGGUCGUUGCGUGUGGCGUGCGCAAACAGUGGGCAAAGGAGUUCAAGGGAAUGGAUAGGCCGUCCGAACAGAUUAGGCGGCUCAAGCAGAUACUCUCCGACCUUGGCAUGGCGGGUCGUAUGAGUCUUGAGCAGGCAAAGGCCAUUCGAGAGAAACGAGAGCUUGCGCAGGAACUUGAGGACGUGAAGAACUUCGAGCAGUCCGUGGUAUCCAAUAAGCGUGCCAGCCGGUUGAAGGAGAAAACACAGACGACAGAAGAAGCCCCCGAGGAAGAGUCAGAUGAAGAUGUGGCGGAGAUGUCGAAGCGACCACGGGGUACUGCUCGCCAAAGCAUCAUGGCUUUCUUGGGAGACCAAAGCGACGACGACUGAUUGAUCCUUCCAAUUAUCCGUUUGCUUUUCUUGACUUCCUCCAUCGAACGCAUUGCUGUAAUAUUUCGCUGGCUGCGAACAUAUGGUUAUUUGACUGUGUUCAAAUAGUACUCCACGACUCCUUACUGGGUUACAUACUGUCACUGUGGUACUUGUAUGAUUCAGAAUAAUGAAAUUGUCGCCUGAUCUCUGCAUAUGCUAUAUGCUGCAUCGUAAGGAUAUGGCUAACCUAUGCAGUUGGUUGAGACUUCGUUUCUGCGAGAGGUGCGG